ACCUGAUUAUUGACUGUUCGACAACCACGAGGACAACUAAUUGCUGUUCGAGCUCGUCCAGCAAGCCAAGCUGAGCCCGCACCUCGAGAGCUUCGUCUCUGGCAAGACUGCGAUGUUGUACAAGACUACGUGACUAUUUACGAUGGCUACACUACUCGUGAUCCAGUAAUCCUUAAAUUUUGUGGCGGAGGAGAACCCGUCCCUGAGGCUACCAGUAGUGGCGCUGAAAUUCUUGUCGAGUUUACCACUUCACCAUACGGCACCUUUCUUCAUCCCACUCCACCCCACUCAUUACAUGGAUUUCAACUAGAAGUUCAAGUUAAAUUUGUCGACGCGGACUCACCAACUUAUGCCAAAAACAAACGAUGUGAAUUUUGGCUGCAAGGUAAUACGGGCGGAGUCCUCAGUUCCCCGAGUCAUACCUUACCCAGGAACACAACUUGUCUGUAUCAUUUACGCGGAGAUGGUCCAGUUACCCCGAGUCCAACACCACCGAGACCUCUUCCCAAAUUUCCAGAGACUCGUCCCGGCACUGUGUGGAGGAAACCUCCACCCAAACCACCUCAGCCGCAGUUCAGAGUUUGGCUUUCGAUUCUCAAGUUUCAUAUUGGAACAAACCCCACAGUUGUCCCUUCACAGAAUGCUGCCUCUGACGAUGAUUGCAAUACCACUCUCUUUGUUUGGGAUGGUGAAAUGCUGCCCUUAUCUGACUGCAACGAUAUAUCUUGGUAUUAUUAUAUGUUACAAUUAUUAUUAUUAUUAUUAGUAUUAUCUAAUUAUAAUUACUGUUAUUGUUUUAUUUACCGAUUAAAUUUCAGUGAAAAAGAAAGGUUGAGAUAUAUGGAGAGGACAGGAGACUCUAUAACCCCAAUAGGUGCAGGACCACACAGCAAUACAUCUCUAUUAGCAAGAUACUGUAAAGAUCGAGUCCCUAAAACGUGCGACCACGCUAUUUUACAAAAUACCAGUCGACCCUGCUCACUUGUCGAGGGUUUUAUUUCUUCUGGCAACAGCCUUACCAUCGAGAUACGUAUGAUUGAGUCUACGGCUCUCAGGCCCGUAAAUUUUCGCGCACUUUAUGAGUUUGUGGAUCUUCAUCACGACGGUGAACCAUACGGCAAUGGACCCUGUUCACGAGUAUUUUACAGCAGAAAUAGAGAUCAGUAUCCAGAUCGGAAAUUCCAAGCUCCGCGGAAUAUUUUUCUUUAUGGUCGAGGGGGUACUCAAAAUUUAAGUUGUGUGUAUCGAUUUGAGGGUGAACAGGAUGAAGUCGUCAAACUACGAUUCAAUAAGCUCCUCAAUGGGAAUCGAACAUGUCGUAGUGUGUCCAGUGUUGACUAUAAUCGGUUUCUCUGUAUUGGCUCCAGCAAUUUCUCACUCAAGGUGAUGGAGCUACCUUGGUCAAACGCAGCCCCAAUUCAAAGAGACUGUCUUUGUUCGAACCGAUCUCUACCGAUAAACAUUAAAUCAUUGUCCCACGUUGUUGAAGUACAUUUCACGAUCCAAUCAAUGACUGCCCUCGACGACUAUAACAAUCUUUUCUUCGAGGGAGUAUGGGACUUCAUCAAGGCUGUGCCAUGUCUUCAAAAGCGACGAGUUCGUGGUCCAUCGGGAGAAAUAAAAUAUGAGCUACCGCUGACAAAUGAAGAUCAGAAAAAUUGCAAACACCAUCCCUGGCUGAUUGACCCAGGACCGGGACAGUAUCUUUACUUGGAAACACAUGGAGUUGUAAUGAAUAGUAAUAGCAGCAGUAAUAAAUGCUUGACCAGUAAUCGCAUCAUCGUACACACAGGCGGAAAUGUAAAUGUAUCAGUAUGUCCAAAACCAGAAUCUGACUCAAGACACAAAGUAGUAAAAGUUUUCAGCAAAGGUUGGUCUGUCGAGCAUAAAACAAUGAUGCUUGCACCGCGUUUUGAUCCAAUGAGAACAAUUGCCGUUGAGUUUAUUAUGAAUGAAGCUGACUCUUACACUGUUACGUGGCUUGAAUUAACUAAAAAAUGGCCGUCGUCAAUAAUGUCAAUAGCAGAACCAGGGGAAAGUCUACCACGUGAUUGUGAGCAACGGUGUCCAGAAUUGAAUGCCUGUAUAAAUACAUCAUUGUGGUGUGAUGGGACUUCUCACUGUCCGUCUGGUUACGAUGAAGCGCUCACUCAUUGUUCAAUGCUUCUGCGACUUCCUCCUCUGCAUUUGGCUAUCGGUGCCUCAAUAGUAGUUACAAUAAUUGGCACUACAUGCAUCAUCUUUUGGCGAUGUAUACGUCGAAAAGCCAAUCGUUCAAUUUCACAGCACCGGCUUAAAAGUAUAUCAUCAGAGACAGCUAUUAUUGGAGAUGGAAAGGAAGUUAUCUGCUGA